GUGAAGAAGGGCGAUCUGAGCGUGCUGGACGAGGCCGACAACGUGGACGUCGACUAUCGUCUCACGCCCGUGGACCAGCUGCCCGGCGUGCGGCGCGCCGCCAUCCUGCUGGCGAAGCGCGGCAAGAAGGAGGAGCUGACCAAGCUGUUCAAGCUCUGCCAGAAGAACGAUCGAACCAGCGACGCGGAGUUCGUCGCGAUGUUCCUCUACAAGGACGACCCCGCCAUGCUGCUCCAGGCGCUCAAGAAGGGAAGCAAGUACCACGAUGCCGCGCUGCUGAGCAAGCUGAACGCGAAGCUGCACAAGGAACUGCCCGAGCUGGUGAAGGCGUGGAACCAGCAGCUGAAGAGCGAGGCGAAGACGACGUCGUAUCUCACCGGCGUGGAAAUGGUGCUCGAGGAGGGCGCCAAGCGCGUGGCCAAGAAGACGAAGACCGCCGCCAAGACCGCAGGGAAGGGAAAGGCGGCCGGAAAGGGCAAGGAGGAAGGACGGAGACGCAGAAGACGUGGGUGAAGGGUUUGCUUGUAAUUAUGGU